AUGCCCAAGACUGCGCAGAAACAGCCGGUCCUCGGGAUGUGGUCUGCUGCGAAGGAGAGUCAGGGGUCUGUCGGUAUCAUCGAUGGUAUCACCACCGUCCGUCCGUCUGAUGACGGAAGUAGCACGUUGCCUACCCCGCCAUUCACUACUCUCGACGAUAUAUUGGAUGUCGGCGCUCUCGCUACACUCCCCACAGGCCCCGGGGGCCCUCCCGCCUCAAAAGACCUUAGCAGAUGGGACCGCAUCCCAAUCGGCACCUUCCGCCGCGCACAAACCCGCCGCAAAGACCUCACUGCCCGCGAAGAACACGCUCGAGAAUGGUACGUCCUCGCCUCCCGCCGCAACGAGAUGAUGGCCUCCAAAGACGCCAACGCAUCCGGCAAGAAGAAAAAGGGAUCGCGAUCGGUCCACGGUACCCCGGCGAAGGUUCAUGGUGCGAUUGGGAUGGCAGUUUUGGAGGAUCCCGAAGCGGUUAGGAGGAAGAAUAAGAAGAGGAUGAAGAAGCUUGCGCAGAAGAAGAAGAGGAGGGAGUUGGAGGUUAUGGAUAUGGAUAUGGAUAUGAAUAUGACGGGUGUUGGUGAUCAUGCGGGUGCUGAUGGUGGGUUGGGUAUGGGACCUACGUUGUCGCCGCUUUUUGGUGCGGUGAUGUGA